UUCAAUCUACCAAUCGCACAAUCGGCUGUUUCGAGUGACCAAAUACAGAAGUACAAUUAAAUCAAAAUGCGUGCUAGUUACGUUCGCUUGUACUCGGCAGCAUUGGUAUUACUCUCUACCUUGAUAGAAGGGCUUUAUCUAGAUCCUGAUAACUUCACUAGUCUUCAAGAAGCAACUGCGCUUAUUAGUGAUGGUAUAUUGGAUUAUUAUGCGGGUACUACUAAGGGUGGAACUAUUGGAACGUUCGUGUGGCCUUACUAUUGGUGGGAAGCAGGUGGAGUUUGGGGUGGUAUGAUAGACUACACAAUAUUGAUGAAAAAUGACACAUACACUUCACUUAUUAAAGAAGCCAUGACAUAUCAAACUGGUGAUGAUAACAAUUAUAUUCCUUUAAAUCAAUCUACCACCGAGGGUAAUGAUGAUCAAGGGUUCUGGGGAUUGGCUGCCAUGGGUGCAGCCGAAAGGAACUUUUCAAAUCCCUCUGAUCCAUCAAAGGCUUGGUUAACUUUAGCCCAGGCGGUGUUCAAUACCAUGUCAGCAAGAUGGGAUGAAUCUUCAUGUGGUGGAGGUUUAAGAUGGCAAAUUUUCCAAUGGAACUCAGGGUAUGAUUACAAGAACUCAGUUUCUAAUGGAUGUCUUUUUAACAUUGGUGCCCGGUUAGCUCGGUUUACUUCUAAUGAUUCUUAUAUUGAAUGGUGUGAACGCGUUUGGGAUUGGAUGUACGGUGCUGGUUUUAUGACUGAAGGAACUUGGUGGUUAGUGUAUGAUGGUGCUGAAAUUGAUGGAAAUUGUACCAAUAUGACCAAGUAUGUGUGGUCUUACAAUCAAGGGUUGAUGAUGUCUGGUGCUGCUUACUUGUACAAUUACACAGAGGAUCCCAAGUGGCUAGAAAGAACCGAGAACUUGUUAGUUGGUGCCAAGGUCUUCUUUGAUGAUGAUGUUAUGUAUGAACGGACAUGUCAAGGAUCCAAUAAUUGUAACCAGGAUCAACGGUCUUUCAAGGCAUAUUUAUCGAGGUUCAUGGGACAGACUGCGGUGAUGGCCCCUUCCACUUACGAUGUUGUCAUGAACUAUUUGACAACAUCAGCAUUGGCUGCAGCUAGAUCGUGUUCGGGUGGUAGUGAUGGACAUACUUGUGGUUUGGAUUGGACCAACACAACCGGGUGGGAUGGUACUUGGGGACUUGGUGAACAAUUGUGUGCAUUGGAAGUGAUAACCCAAUUAAGAGUUGGUGAUGUUGAUCCUCCUUAUACUGCUGAUAAUGGUGGCUCAUCUCUCGGAAAUCCAGCCGCCGGUUAUGGUACUGUAGUUUCGGACGCGACUCCGUUGACCUUGGGAACCAAAGAUAAGGCUGGUGCCGGUAUCAUCACCGCUGUUAUUGGUGUUUCUAUAGUAGCUUCAACUGUUUGGUUGGUUCUUUGAUAAUGACAUUUUUAAGCUUCUCUGUGUAAAAUAUGCAAUCUAUGCAACUGAAUGUACGUAACUCAAAUGAUAUUGUGCAACU